CGAUAUUUUAUUCAAAUUAAAACCGUACCAGUGUGUAUUUAGCAUUUUAACCGUGGCUAUUAAUUGUUGUUAUUUGUUUUUUUAUCGAGAAAUCAUAGUUCGACACUGUUGAAUUGACACUCGACUCGACACUGUUCCAUGACACGGGCGCGUGCGCGCUACGCCAGUUGUGCAGUUUCCUUAUCUGUUUUCGUUUCGACUUCCGAGCAUUUCUAUAGUACUAGCGGACGGCGGCUGAAUUGUUGUUUACGGUUUUUUUAUUGUUACAUUUAAAUAAUAACAUUUAUACGUUAUUAUUAUUAUUAUUAUUAUUGCUUAGCGUUCGCUUUGUGUUUCGAGUUUUUGUAUGGUACAUCAACAAACAAUCGGACCUACGUGAUACGGAAAUAAAAAGAGAGGACGGACACGCACAAGUUGGUAUCCUACGCUUAAUGUUACUACCAUCCGGUGUUCGCACUUUGCAAUGAUUGAGAACGCUGAAUUGGUCAUGCAAAUGCUGGAGAUGUACCAGAUGUACAAACAACAGGUUCCUGUGGAACUUGAAGAGUACUUAAGGUAUGUCGCCAAGACCGGCAACACACUAUUUCAGUGGACGUUGGUCAAGCCAUUCAUCCGUGAAAAGAUAAUGAACGUCAUUGCUGAGUUUGCAGAACAGUCUGCGCUGUCUGAUAUACCACCAUACCCAAAUGUUGACCCUUUCAACUACGAGGCCAUGAAGACUAUGUUGUUGGAACGUUUUGAUACUUUCAACGGUCCUCCAUUUACUAUACAAAGGCUUUGCGAACUGUUGUCUUGUCCAAGAAAGGAAUACAAUCGUGUAGACAAGUUUAUGCGCGCCGUGGAAAAAAAUAUAUUGGUCGUCAGUACUUGCGAGUUGAGACCUAAGCGAGAAGAGCCCAUUGUCAAUGGUGUCCCAGACCGAUGGGAAAAUGGAAAAGAGUCCGAUAUCAAUAUGGACUUGGUUGAUAAAAAUAAUGUUAUUGCAGACGUAAGUGUCUUAAAUGGUAAUGAUACAGUUGAAAGUCUUUUGAAUGAACUGGAAUCUAUGAAAACACCUGAAACUAAGUUGGACGAAUCAAAGACAGAACACAAAGAUCAUCUUGCUGCUCAAGUUACUGAUGAAGUAGAAUCUAAUAUUACACCUGACGAACCUAAACAAGAUACUCCAAUACUAAUCACUCAAGAUAUACCUCAGACACAGAUUACAGACUCGACAGAAGCUGUAGAACCAGUUGAUAUUGAUGUCUCACAAAAUGUUGCUGUUGAAAAUGAAUCUAUAGUUGACCAACCAAAAGAGCUAAGCUCUAAAGUCUCUGAAAUUCAACCUGUUGAAGUAAAAGAACAAAUUGUAAAUGAACCUGUUGAUGAACUUAAGGAUUUAUCCCAUGAUAUAGAGCUUGAAAUUGUCAAACCGAAAACUGAAGAACCAAUUGUAGAAAGUAAUAAAUUGGAUAACUUGGAAUUAAUACCAACAGAUGUAGAUCGAGUAGAAGGUUCAAUUAUUCAUCAAACUCCAGAUGCUGAUAAUAAAGUAGAACUAGAAUUAGAGGUUUCACAACCAGCAGUCGUAUUGGAAAAACCAGACAAAGAUCCUGAAUGUAUGGACGUACAAGUUGAAGACAUAUCCAAAAGUAUGGAAUCAGAAGUAAUUUUUGAUAAUGUACAAGAGGAAUGUACAAAACCUACAGAAAUUCAUAAUGAUAAACAACACGCUGAUGAAUCUACUGUUGAUGUACCUACUACAGACUCAAUUUCUACAGAUAUGGAGGUAGAAUUAGAGAAGACAGAAAAUGACAUUAUUCUUGAUGUCAUACCACAAGAAAAUGUUAAAGAAAAUGAAGACACCUCAACAUCAGAGCCUAAUACAACUGUUGAAGAACCUCAGAUACAGGAUGAAAAUAAAUUGACUGAAAGUGAAUAGUCUUAGUAAAUAUUAGACCUAAACAAAUAUUAUAUACAUUGACUGGUUAGGUUAAUAAUAAUGAAAUUUUAUCAAUUAGGUAAAAGUUAUGUAAAAUUUAAUGUUUAUAUGUACCUACGUGAUAAAUUCAGAAUAAGUUAUUUCAUUUACUGUACAAAAUUAUUUGCAAAUAUUGCUAUU